CUCUCUGUCUCUCUCUCUACCCCCCCUCUCUCUGUCUGUCUCUCUCUGCAUCUGUCUCUCUGUCCUCUCUCUCUCUGUCUGUCUCUCUCCCUCUCUGUCAGUCUGUCUGUCUGUCUCUAUGUCUCUCCCCCCCUCUCUCUCUAUCUCUCUCUCCAUCUCUGUCUCUCUCUCCAUCUCUCUCUCUCUCUCUCUCUACCCCGACACUUCUCCCGGUCUCUCCCCCCACCCCCUCCCCGCUCGGUAUAGCCGGCAGGGGCAGUGUGGUUCGGAUUGCGGGCUCGGCUGCCGUCUGCUCCCCAGGAUCUGGCAGUGGUUGCGCCCGGCUGUCGAAGCCGAGAGGGAGGGAGGUGGGGAGCGGCUGUGGAGGAGGCGGGGGCGGCGGAUCGGGAGCUGGUGGCAGAGCGGCAGCGCGGACGGAGAGCGGGGAAUGACGGCGGUGGCAGGGUGGAUUCACUGUGAAAGGGUCUGAGAGAAUUCAGCAACGAUUACCGCUCCUUUAAGAUGACACGGACAGACCCUCCGGACAUACUGGUAUCUACCGUCUAUCGAGAGAUCAAAGUCAGCACGAUGCCAGGAGAGCCCAAGAUGUACCGAGCACGGGGUGUGUACGACUCCGCGAGCCCCAGCUCGCUGCAGGCCGCACAGCGGGAUCUCAGCAAGCGCCAGUGCCGCAGCUUCGACUUCCUGCAGUCACUGGAGGGGCAGCCGCCCGCCCCGGCCCCCGGCGAUGAGCCCUCUGGCCGCCGGCACGAGCGGCGGGCCCCGAGCCCCGACACGGCCUGGGACUCGCUCGGGAGGCCGGUCCACCUGCGCUCCUCGGCCCCGGACCUGGUGGUUGGGCGCCUCUGCCCCGCCUCCGCCGAGCCACGGGAGCCCCCCCGGCCCGAGGGCAAGAAGAGGGGCAGGUCGAGGAGCGCGCCCAGGGUGAAGACCACCUACCGGCCGGUGCCGGUGGAGGCCCGCUCACCCGAGCGGUCGCGACGGGGGCGGGAGGUCCAGCGGGGGCAGCGGGACUCCAACCGCAGGGGGGAGGGGUCGCCCAGGAGAGAGGCCUGGGCCCCGGCCAGGGGCAGGGUGGAUGAGGUGCACCCUAUCAAGCUGCAGCCGCAGCGGGCCGAGGCCUGCCUCUACGCCCCGGCCCGCGAGGAGGGCCCGGGGCCCCGGCCGGGGCUGCACGUCCGCUACCGGCUCGACAUGAAGCCGCCGCCCGAGGGAGCGGCGCUCCCCUGCCCCCUCCCCCGCCGCCAGCCACAGGUGUCGGCCUGGCAAGCGCAGCCCGGGCGCAGCCUCACCGUGCCCAGCGGCCGGCGAACGCCCCGAACCCCUUCGCCCGGGCUCCCCCCCGCCGGCGACUACUGGACCCUGGCCACGCAUGGCUGUCCGCCCCAGCCCUGCCGGGGCCCCGGGCGCUGGGGAGGGGGCUUCCCCCAGGACUACCCCGAGGUCCACAGCCUGCCCCGGGGUCUGGCCUCGCCCACGCACUGCCCUGACUGGUGGGGCACCUACCGGGCAGCCCACCCCCUCCAGCCCCCUCGCUGGGUGGCAGCAUCCCUCCCCCCGCUAGCCGCCCACACCCGGCACCAUUCCAGGUCCUGGGAUGACAUCCUUGGCCGGCCCGGGCCCGGGACGCCGGGCUGCCACAGCUGCGAGACCCUCCCGCGGAGGGAAGGGGGCCCGAGCUCCACCGGCCCCAGGAUCCAGCCCACGGUGGUCAAUCUGUCGCGCUCGCCCCAGCGCUACGCCGCCCUCUCCCUGUCUGAGAGCUCCCUGGCCGAGAAGCUGCAGGGGGAGGGUGGCCGACCGGCCACCGGUCGCUCCUGGUACGUCACGCCCGAGAUCACCAUCACCGACAACGAGCUGCCGGCCGCGGGCGGGGCCCGGACUCGGGCCCGGCAGCCGGCCGAUGGGCCCAACGGCCUCAGCGCCUCCUUCAACGACCUGCUGUCGUGCAAUCUGGAGAAGGGGGAGGUAGGCGGGGGCGGGGGAGCGUCCGGCCCAGGUACCCAGCCUGCCGGCGAGCAGCACCUGGACGACGUGCUGGCCGACCUGGUCAUCGACACCUGUAAGGUGCCCACCCCCCGGUCGCCCCCAGACGGCCUGCUGGAGCGGCUGCGGCGGCUGAUCGGAGGCGAGGACCCGCCCGGCGACGGUCUGAUGGCCGAGACCCCGGGGCGGGGCGUCCUGCCCGACAUCUCGCCCGACCUGCCCCCCAGCCCUUGCGAGGGCCCGCUGAGGGAACGCGCCUCGGACGAGGUGGACACCAUGAUGUGCUCGAACCUCAAGUGCGGCCUGACUGAGACCUUGUUCAAUGCCCGUCUCUACUUCAAGUCCUGCCACAGCUGCUACACCUACUACUGCUCCCGCGGUUGCCGGAAGGACGACUGGGAGACGCACAAGGAGGCCUGCGUCUACGGCCGGGUCAGCAGCACCUGCAAACGGGUGCUGCGCAACUGCCGGGAGAACCAAGCCGCCCACAAGGCCUUCUCCCGCAUCGCCAGGAUGGGCUACCUGUCCCGGGGCCGGGGGGUGCUCUUCCUGGGCUUCCCCAACCCCGGCUCCGCCGACAACUUCCUGCGCUUCGGCCUGGAGAGCUUGUUGCUGGCCCCCACCUACCUGUCGAUGCGGGAGCUGGAGGGCUACGCCGACCACCUCGGGGAGUACCUGAAGGAGAUCCAGGAGGCGGGCCGGCAGUACAACCCCGAGGAGUGCUUCUUGCUCAACGUCUCGGUGGCCCUGGGCCAGAAGGUGCCCGAGAACCCCUCGCCCCGCCUGCAGACGCCCAGCGUCCGCCGCUUCGCCAAGAUUGCCCUGGCCUCCGGCAGCCCCGAGCGGAAGGCCUACCGGGCCGCCGAGGACGAGAUGGAGACCCUGAUCCUGACGCCGCCCCCCGGCACCACGGACAUCGCCAAAGACGGCGAGGCGGGCCGCAAGGCGCGGGAGGUGUGCUUCAUCAACGUGCAGCGGGAGCUGCGCAUGCGCGGGGUUUUCCUCAGGCACGAGUACCCCCAGGUCUAUCAGGACCUCUGCGAGUUUGUGGAGAGCAAUAAGAGGUUCACCCCCACAACCAUCUACCCCAUUGACAAGAGAACGGGCAGGCAGUUCAUGUGCAUGAUCAUGGCUGCCUCGGAACCUCUCACGCUGGAGUGGGUCCGCAAACCCAAUGUGUUGGAGGAUAUGAUGUGACCAGCCCUGGCUCGCUUACCCCGUCUCGCCGCAGAACGCUUUCCAGUCUCUGUAACCUACUUGUCGACGACAAUUUUAUAUCGGGAACCCGCUGGGUUUGGGGUAUCCGUGGCUGGGGGUCUUGCAGAUGCAGGUCUAGUGGUGGUGGGGUGGGAAUGGGCGUGCGGGGUGUUGGGCUGGGUCACCGGAGGGGGAGGGUUCCGGUGCUGAUGAGGUGGAUUCCAGGGGUCUUUCCACAGGGCGGGAGGUGACUCUGUUGAAGGGGAAAGGGGUUCACAGUGGAGGAGCUCCCUCCACACUAAUCCCUUCCCCUCACAGCCAGGGUGGGGAGGUGAACAAGCAGGUCAUAGGCUGGGAAGCCAGCCUGGAUAGUUCUGCUCAGCAGGCCGAGAACUACUGCCCUUCAGCAAAGAGGUUUGGUUCCAUUUGGGGCAGACAGAGGGCCCACAAUCACCCGCUCCUCUGCAAACAUUGGCUAAUUUCACAAGCAGGAAUUACCAUAACUGUGGGAGGGGAAGGGGAGGUUGUGGUCUUGGGCUGAGAGGGCAGGGAGA